AUGCAAGGGGAGGGCAGCAAAGUGUGGCAGAUCCCAUUAGGACCCCAAGCACCAGGUGCUGGUUCAGUCUCGGGUCUGCAGCAUGACUGCAUUCCUGAUGGUCAUGUAUCAACCUCAGUUUCCCCCUCACUGGGUGAACUAGGCAGUGAAAAUCCAUGCAAAGUAGCCUUAGUCGGCAUUUCCCUUGCGCUGCAAAUCUUUGUUUCGCUUGCAAGCAAGGGGAAAGUCAAGAAGAGUCAAGACCCAAGACCGCAAGAGUGCGACGCCAAGAUGGAGGAAGGCGCUUGGGCCUCAGAGAGCGACAGUGACGAAACAAUCAUUGAAGGCUCGGUGACAGAGAGUGAGGAAGGCGAGGAGAUAUACAGGAGAAGGAUGGGAAACAAUUUUCCAACAUUAACUCGGACAUUUUCCAAGCCUGGAGGUCCUUUGAUCCACCAAAACAUUGGAGGUGUGUACAACCACACUCGGGGAAAGCACAACACAAGCAGGAAGCUGGCUCACGUUGUCAUAUACCUGCAGCAUGAAAGUGCAACCUCUUUGAACUCUCGAUUACUUUCCAGUGCUCCUGGUGGUCAUGUGAUAAGUGCCUCCUCCAUCACUGCUUCUGCUCUCAGCUAUGGGGAAUCAAAGUGCUCUAUGACUGGUUCUGCCUACAGUGGACUCAAACGCAUCUAUAGGGAUAUCAGGUGCUCAAAAUUUGUUUGGAAUACACAGGAACUACAUGAAGACAGAGUGUCCCCUGCAGUUAGCCUGCACACAGGUACUUCUGUGAAAGAGCCCAAUGUGGAUUCUGUAAAGGAGAAAUCAUUAACAGGGCCAGAGAAGAUCUUAGCAGUACCAGAUGCAUUUUCUGAGCCUGAGAAGGAAAAUAUAAUGGCCAUGGCUUCUAAAGAAACUGAAGACGAAGAAAGCUCACUUGAAGGUUCAAGUUCUUCCUUAGCAAACUUAUUGUCACCAAAACAUAGCCAAGAAGAGAGACUGCUUGAAAUACUGAAUGAUUUUGAUUUAGGAGCAUCUAUGGACCAGUUGGAUAACUCCCUGUGUUCCCUAUUAAUACCUCUUAGUGCCUUGCCACCAUGCUGUGGAGAUUUACCAGGAGGCACAAAGAAUGAUAAAACAUUGUCUCUUGAGUGGUUGCCAGCCGUCAACACAUGGUCAGGAGCCCAGGUGGGACACAACUGUGAAGAAAAAGAGAAAAGCCAAGGUCUUAGUGGUGGAAAGGAAAGUUUAGAAGUGCAUCUUGGUGUGCCUCAGACCAAUGACAAUUGCACAGAAAUAGCACAGGCUAUACAAGACCCCAAAUCAUUUGGAAUGCAAAUUUUGGCUCAUGAAAAUUCCAUCUCUCACGAACCACUAAAUAAUGAAGGGAAUUCAAGUCUGGUGGAAAAAAUCUCUGCCUUAAAAACUCCAUGUAUUGUACGAAGAUCAUCUAGACUGGAGAAACUAAAAGCAAGCACAGAUGCAAAGCAUACAGAUGACAGGUGUAAGAUGACAGAAAUGAUUUUGCCAAAAACACUUACCUGUGAGGAUCAAAUAAAUAAAUCUUCAACUAAAAAUUACGGAAUACAGGAUUCUGUUUUAAUGACUGAAGGUCAAGAGAAGACUAUGCAUUUAUCCACAUUCAAGACUGAGCAGAUAAUGAAAAAUAAACGACUUAUAAAUGAGAGAGAGAGAGAGAAGACUUCAAAAAUGUGUCCUGCUAUCAUAAACCAGAGAAACAUUUAUGGAGAGAACUUACUGUAUCUGGCUGCUAUGCAUGAUGAUGUUGAGCUUGUUGAGCAUUGUAUAAAAAAUGGUGGAGAUGUUAAUCAGCCAAGUUAUUCUGGGUGGACAGCACUUCAUGAAGUUAGUGCACGAGGAUAUUAUCAGACAGCAAGUGAACUGCUGAAGGGUGGAGCAGAUGUAGAUCACAAAGGAAUGUACCAGAUUACUCCUCUUCAUGAUGCUGUAAUAAAUGGACAUCAUAAGGUGGUGGAGUUACUUCUCUUGAAUGGAGCUGAUCCAUUAUUUAGAAAUGACAGUGGAAAUUGUGCUUUGGAUGAAGCCAAAGAUUCCCGUAUGAAGGCUCUCCUUGAGAAAUAUAUUCCUAGACGUAAAAAAUUUCUUACAUCAGCUCGAAGAAGGAAUAUGGAUCCACUACAAGCAGAAGUUGUACAACAGUGUAAGAAACCAAGAUUCAGUUCCAAUGAUAGCAUGGAUCUUGUUUGUGAUGAAAAUUCCAGCAGUCAGAAGCCAGAACAUGCAAAAAGCAAUGAAGGAAACAAAGGUGUACUUAUGAAUGAAAAUUAUGGUUGUGGAUAUUACCAAGAAAAUCCCAGCACCACAGAAUUUGGCAAGUCCAGGUUUAAAGAAUCAAAUGUUAACCAAACAUGCUCUACAGGACACAGAAAGGGCUAUCUACACCAUUCCAGAGAUAGCAAAACAGAUGUGUCUAAAACUAAAGGAAAAAGGAACAUGAAGAAACACAAAAAGUCUCAAGACUCUCAAGUAGAUGAUGAAGAUUAUGACUUAAGACAAACAGCUAUUUCUUCUUCCAGUACAAUGGACAAGUCAGUGAGAAAUCAGCAGUACACUCUCCAAAGCCUUGAUGACUUUCUAGAGGACUCAUUUGAAAUUUCCACCCCAACUCUGCCAAACUUAAAAAAUGGUUUUGAUAACUAUAAUGAGACUUGCUCAGUUUCCAAAGAGUUGCAUACCCACACUCUAGAUACACCAGAGAGUCAAGAAGUACAAUCAUUGGAAUUGGAAUCCAUUGAUCAAACUGGAGAAGUUUCUUUGUCUUUGUUUUCAUUACAUAAAGAAACCCUGUUACCAGUUGUCACUACAGAUCACCAACCUCCUCCUCACAAAGAACAGUGCAAUAGCCUUGACAAGUCCCUUGAAGAGAGGAUCUCCAGUACACAAAGUAAGAAGCUUAAUGCCUGGGAAAAUGCUUUCUUAUCCUUCAUUAAGGAAGAUGUUGAUAGUGAUGAUGUUGACCUCAGUACCUCUAAGAAGAUUGUAACAGCUGCACCUGAAAUAGGUUCAACAGAGGGUGAAAACCUCUGUAAUUAUCCCGAGAGUAUAACAAAAGCAGAAGAAAUGGACUCUCAAGAAUUUUUAUCUUCCAAAUAUCAUGUUUCACAGAAAAAUGAGAUCAAUGUAGGUAGCUUGACCUCACUUACACAACAGGAAAAACUUAACCUGUAUGAUUCAGAUACUGUAGUCAUUUCUGAGCAACAUGCUCCAAAUCAUGAAAUGUUUAUAUAUGAAACUCCUUUUGAUCACUCACAUGGCCAUCCUGAGCAAACUUCUCUGCCUUGUAUCAGAAUGCCUUCAACAUAUGAAGUUUCAGUGACGACUAGUCAUGUGCAGCUGUUUAAGGAACCCCAGGAUGAUGACCCCAAAGGACCAACUCCUUCAGUGAAUCAAACAGAGGAAUAUCACGCGGACAGGAAACAAGCCUCUAAAAGGAAUGAUGAUGUGAUAAACCAAAAUCCUAGUUCUUCAAAUAUCUCUUUCCCCACAGCUGUCCAUUCUCAAGAAACAGGAACAACCAGAGUUGGAAAGACAAUACCAGACCUUCCUGAACAUGAUUUCCUCUGCAGUGACAUUACUGAGCAAGGACUGACCAAUAUCUCAAAACUUAACCAAAAAGAAGAUAAAGAGACUUCUCACAAAUCAGAUGGAGAAUUAACUGUUACCACCAAUGAAGAUGAAAUCACUGUGAAAAACUGUGAGGAGAAAAAAGGAAAACUGGAUUCAGAAAUUCAUGUACCUUCUAAAACCCAUGAGCACAAGGAAGGUCAGAAUUCUAUGCAAAAUAAAUCUUUUUUCCCCACCAGCUGCACUUUGGGAAUACAGAUGAAUGGUAUUAAUAAGAGGAAUGCUAGUGGACAAACCCAGCUUUUUUUGGCUUCCAGAAGAGGAAAUCUGUCCCUAGUAAAAAUUCUUAUAGAAUGUGGAGCAGAUGUGAACCUAAAAGAUAAUGCAGGUUGCACCCCACUUCAUGAGGCAGCUAAUGGAGGAUAUAAUGGUAUAAUUGUAGAGUUAUUAAAAGCUGGUGCAAAUGUAAAUUCUGAAAAUGUAGAUGGAAUUUUGCCCUUACACGAGGCUGUUGCAAGCAGUCAUUUAAAGGCAGUAGAGAUACUACUAAAAUAUGGAGCAAACCCUAAUCAAAAAGAUCACAAACAGAACACUGCCUGGGAUGAAGCAGAUGAUGACAGAAUGAGAGAGUUGCUAAAAUCUUAUGGUGCUGUGGAGACUGAUAUUGAAGAUGAGAGCAAUUCUAUAGUUCCUGCAAAAAUUUCUGCUGCCCAGCCAAAAAGAUGUCAAUGGUGUACUUGUGAGGGUGACAAAACUAUCAUUCACCCUUCCAUUUCAAACUACACGAAAAGAAACAAAAGCCUAUCUGAGUGUCAGACCACUAAUACCUUUCUACAAGAUAUUGAAGAAAAACAAGAAUGCUUAUUAGGCUUUGAAAUAAGAAGCCCUGAAGAUGCCAAACAAUACAUGGAAAAAAUGUUAGAGAUAAAUGAAGCUAUAGAUAACAUGCUUGUCCAACAGAAAGCAGAAAGCAAGGCUCUAGCUAAAAAGUACAAGAUAUCCAUGGAGUCAUUUAAGCAUGAAACUCUGAGAGAAGAACUGGUCAGUUUGACCACAAGAGAGAAGAGUCUUUCCCUCAUGGCAGAUAAACAGAAAAAAUUAAGACUGAAAAUGCAAAACUAUGAGUUUGUCACAUCAUGUUCUGGUCUUAGUUUACAGAAGUUGCCAUCUUGUUCAAAUAUCUCUAGGAAGAACAGCAACCAAGAGCUCACCAGUCUGGAAAAGUCACUGCAUCCCCACUUAGGUUCACUUUCUCUUGGCAGCCCUGCUAACGCAAGCCUGAAGGAAACACCAUUGUCCCUAGAAACUUGGAAUGGCCACCAAAGCACUAACAUUUAUCUCCAUGAAGAGGCCCUGAGAAGAGAUGAAUUGAGUGGAAAUGAGAUGACUUCUAAAGAAAAUGUCAAUGAUGCUACCUUGGCUGAAUGGUUGAAAUACACAUACUAUGAUGGCACUGAGAAGACUGAAGGAUCGUCCCAGCCUGUAGCUUUUGUUGUUCAAGAAGAAUAUUCACAAAAAGAAAAUGGUCUUGAAGAAACCACAGCCAAAGGGCAUGGUGUCAGUAGUCUUCCUGCUGCUACAGACACAUUAAAAUUCUCAGAAGGCACAAGUGUCCUUUCUCAAAAUGAUGCAUGUCCAUCAGCGGUUUCUUGGAGUCAAGACCUUUUACACUGUGAUCGAAAAAGAAGAAACAAGAGAAUAGAUUCCCAGCAACCACCUGGGGGGAUAUCAAAAUCUCUGGCCAUUCCCUUGAUCUUAGGCAGUGAAACUAUUCCUCAGACAGACCCAUGCCUGAAGAAGACAGCUUCUGCUGUUUCACAUGCAAGUAACAGUCGCAUAUCUUCUUCCUCUGGGUCUAACCGUCGACGGACUUUUAAAAAGACUGUACCCGAUGCCACAGCUACAAAAAAGAAAACUAUGCAGUUAAAAGAUUUGCUAUCACUUGGAAGAAUUAGUCCAGGAGACAUUCUGGAAUUCAAAGCCAAAGAGACUACCUAUAAAGCCAGUAUUUUAUUGAAUGGUAAAUUCAAGACAGAAAAUGGUCAGAUUUAUCAAAGUCCAGUUACCUGGCUCAAGGAUCUUCUGGGAAAAGACAGUCAUGUGACCUGGAAUUAUGCUUGGAGUAAUAUAACAUGCCUUGGAAAGGAGCUUUUAAAAUAUAUGUCUGAGGAAGCACCUCCACCUCCAGAGCCAAAUGUUGUACCUCAGCAGCAGGAACCUUGCCUUCCAGACACUUCCAGAAAAUCAGAGCAAAAUAUCCCUCAUUAUCUACAAACUAAAGAAAUACUUCUAAUAAGCGAGGAAGAACUUCUCCCAUCCGAUGUAAUGGAUAAGUAUUGGAAUUACUUCGUGAAUUGUAAAGAUCUGUCAUUUUGA